GGAUAUAGUGAAUGCAGGGUCCGGGGAGACUGGAUAUAGUGAAUGCGGGGUCGGGGGAGAGCGGAUAUAGUGAAUGCAGGGGUCUGGGGAGAGCGGAUAUAGUGAAUGCAGGGUCCGGGGGAGACCGGAUAUAGUGAAUGCAGGGUCCGGGGAGAGAGAUAUAGUGAAUGCAGGGUCCGGGGAGAGCAGAUAUAGUGAAUGCAGGGGUCCGGGGAGACCAGAUAUAGUGAAUGCAGGGUCCGGGGAGAGCGGAUAUAGUGAAUGCAGGGUCCGGGGGAGAGCGGAUAUAGUGAAUGCAGGGUCCGGGGGAGACCAGAUAUAGUGAAUGCAGGGUCCGGGGAGAGCAGCGGAUAUAGUGAAUGCAGGGUCCAGGGGAGAGCGAGAUGCAUUAGUGAAUGCAGGGUCUGGGGAGAGCAGAUAUAGUGAAUGCAGGGUCCGGGGAGAGUGGAGAUAUAGUGAAUGCAGGGUCCGGGGAGAGCGGAUAUAGUGAAUGCAGGGUCCGGGGAGAGCGGAUAUAGUGAAUGCAGGGUCCAGGGAGAGCGGCUAUAUUGAAUGCAGGGUCCAGGG